AUGUGGGCCCAAGUCGCUGCCUCCGGGGUCCUCGUGCUCCGGGAGGCCCUCCAGAGCAACGCCGCCUCCCUCGCGAACCGGUCCGCCGAGCCUGGUCUAGUGGCGCGCUCAAUCGAUAGCAACACGGUCGGGAAUAUCGUAAUAAUAUUGCUCUUAAUCAUCGACGUCAUCAUCUUCGUCCCGGCCCUUGUGUUCGUCCACUACACCCUCGGGGAGAUCCUACCCGCCCUAACCAUCGUGGAGGACAACGGCCCGCCGGCGUAUUACACUCCUCUCGUAGACCGCGACGUCGCGGACCGGGACGACGACGUCGUUGCGCCGAAGAACAAGAAUGACAUGACCCCGCCCACGAUCGACACCUCGUCCUCGUCCUCGUCCUCUUCGUCCUCUCCCUCCUCCUCCCCCCCCUCCGCGACUAUUGCCAUAGACGAAGAAGAAGGCCCCGCCGCCGACGGCGACUUCUCCUCCGGCCCCAUCACCGCGAACCUACGCGCUACGAUCCGCCACCUGCGCCGCGUCAACGGCCGGCGCUUCAUGGUGCGGGGUAUUGAGGGCGCGAUAGCUUACAACGUGGUGCUGUUUGUGAUCGCGAUGCUGCUGUCGAUGAUCCCCUUCAUGCCGGGGGCGCUGGCGGUGGCCGUCGCGUCGGUGCUCGCGUCGCCGGUGCACGCGUCGUGGACGCACUCGCUGAUCGCCUCGACGCGGCGGGCGCGCCCGCUCCCCGCCGGCCUCGUCCGCACCGCGCUGUCGCCGUCGCUCUGGUGGCGCCUCGGCAACCUGCCGCCCUUCGGCGCGACCGUGCGCGCGACCGCCGCGCCGACCUUCGCCCUCGCCGCCGUCGCCGGGCUCGCGCGCCGCCUCCCCGUCGACCUCGUGUCCGCCCUGUUCGCCGGCGCCGGCGCCGGCACUGCGCCCACGCGCGGCCAGCUGGGCGCCGCGUCCGGCGCCUCCGCCGCCUACGUCCUGCUCGUCGCGCUCGCCGCCAUCCCCGCCGACGUCGCCGUCACGCGCGCCGAGGCCUCGCUGCUGCCCCCUCACGCCCGCGUCGGCGUCGUGCCGCUCGACCGCGCCUUCCGCGCCCUGUGGGACCAGGAACGGGCCCAGGGCCCCGGCGGCGAGCGGAAGUACAUGUCGGCGCUCGAGGCCUGGCGCACCUUCCCCCGCUCCGGCUGGGUCCGCCUCGUCCUGCUGCACGCCAAGGUGCUCGGCAUCGCGAUCGCGUUGUUCGUCGCGAUCGCGGCCGUGGUCGGGCUCGAGAUGCUGUGCAUACAGCUCAUCGGGGAUAUGCUCCGGGCGAGGUAG